CAGAAAUCUGGUCGCCCCCGUCCCCCUUUCAAAGUACAAGCUGGAGACGCUCAGGUCUACCUUGUGAGCGUGCUCACCUACAAUUGCCGUUACACGGCUUAGUGUGAGGACCCCGACACCAUGAACCGCUUCAGGACGAAGAGGAAGAACAAGGAGGCGGCAGAAGGACUCGGUCGAGGCUCUACAGAUUCCGAUGCACCCUCAGUACCAACCACGAAGGUUUCAAAGACCUUCCGACUGGGAAAGAAGCAGCAGCCUCAACCGGAGCCCAAACUGGAACUGGAUCUGGCCAAUGCCCUUCCGCCGUCUGAUGAUUUUCGGACGAGUCUGUUGAUGAGUGGACUAUCUGCACGAUUCUCUAUGCUACGUGAACAGGACGAUCCAAACUCGAAGAUUGGGAAGGCGAGCGAUGACAGUGUUAUAUUCUCGUCCAGACGACAGUCGAGGUUGAACGAUUUUGGCUUUCCAUCACAUGGACUAUCAGAUAUUGCGGAAGUUUCCUCCAUCAAUGGAUCCAUCAGACCUCCGUUUGCCGCUACGAGGGCAGACUCUUACAAGACCACUGGGAGCACCGGGACGGACGAGGACUCCCUACACAGUGGUAGCAUAAUGAGCCGCCCAAAGCCCGGUGAAGGCAAUAAUUUAUUUGGCGGCCGUCAAAAGAUCUACAAGAUCCCAGUUGACUCUUCUGGAACGGCCAGGAGUUUUUCAGACGGUUCGUCUCCAGGAAUGGGAGGUCGUGCAUUAUACGAAAAUGAUGUCAGUCUAUCUGCCUUUCAAAGGCUUCGGCAGCGUGAGAAGGAACAGCAGGAAAUGGAACGAGAAGAAGCAGAACAGAAUGCGCGGUCAGGGUCUCCUCCGCUAUCUAACUACAACCGCAAUUGGGAGACAUCUUCUACUACUUCGUCGGGUGGUCCUUCGAUUACUCGGACGUCUACUGCUGCAACAUCGGUCACCUCUCAAAGAACGCCCUCACUCAGUGGAUCACAUACUCCUGUUACCCCUGCCGCAGCUAGUUCAACUAACCCAGGGGUGGAGAGAUCUACGACCAAGACACGACGUUUAUACGAGACUGGCCUCGAUCAACAUCUUCACGAGCAACAGUUUUCUGCCAUGAAUAGGAUCGAUACUCUAACCAAGCAACGAACGCUAGGAGCCCAAACACCACCGCCAGGGCUCACUUCGCCAACCAGUCUUCCCCAUCCCGUUGAUAGAUGGGACCGGACUCAGAUUACAGCGAAAGCAAGCAUGCCUAAUCUGAGGUCCGCAAGCCCGCCGCCCACUGCGGCUGCAAAAUCAACCUUUGGGAUGCCACCCUUAAGUCCGCCCAUGAGCGAUAAUGGUGACUAUGCUGUUCUUACCGUCCAACCAAAUGACAGGGGCAAAGCAACCGCCCUCGGAGCGUUUUCAAAACCUGCUCAACCAUAUGAUGAGAACAAAUAUUCCCAGAGGCAACUUCAGAUGCAGCAAGGUCGGGAGACACCACCACCCCGAAAGCCUUCGCCGCCCGGAACCUUUGUCUCUCGCCAACAGCAACAAUUGGAACGCAAUAUUGCUGAUUCAAAUACCACGUUUGCGCCUACCAAGUCAGGUUCAAAUUCUUCGGCGCCAAGACAAUUCCUUCCUCGAGACCGCAUCCAAGAGAUCACCCCGGAACCUGAGCCCACCGUUGCAGAAGAACAGGCGAUUAAAUCAGGGACGUUUUUGGCUUCUCCAGAUAGCGACUCGUCCGGAAGUGGAGAACCUGUCAAAAGCCGUGGCAAUAUGCAACCUCGUGAUCUGGCUAGCAUGUAUCGCCGAGAUCAGAAUACGCCUCUUGAACGCCCUCCGGAAUCACAACAUCCAGCAAAUAGACAGCGACCUUUUGAGCCGCAGCAGUCACCCCUAGAUAGUUCGACACGCUCAUCGCCCCGGAAACCUAAGUUGCAAUCGAAUCCAGAGGCAUUGCUCAAGCCUACAGUAAACAUUCAAGCCGCGCCAACCGAACCCUCAACACUGACUGUUACUACCGACUCGAGAAGAUUGAGCGGCAUGGUUCGCCAGCACCUGAGAACAGAUAGCAACACUUCCUCGGUGUAUGGCGCCCCAUCAUCCGCCGGUCUCGUUUCCCGCUUUCCGACGGAUUCCACGGAAACCUUACCACAAAAUGAAUAUGCAACAAGGAAUGAGCCGUGGGAGAGAGAUGAUUGGGACCAACGUUCCUCCAGCGAGAAUAAAUCCAGCUUGGAUAUCUCAGUGAAUGGUACAAAAGCCGAUGGCGUCGUGCCACCACCUCUCUCGGUACGGUCGCCCAAUGUUGACGGGGCUGGAAUCCAAUCUCGCAAGUCUUCUUGGGAGAAAGAGCUGGAGGCGCAUCACAGAAGAGAUGGAAGUUCAGAGACCCAAAAGGAGAGACAAGACUUCAAAAAUGACCUGGCAGCCCGUCGAAGGAGGGUCCAAGAGAAUCUCAAGAGUUUUGUGGAGACUGAGAGUAGAUCUGCCAGCCCGUUACCUGGAGUAGAGCGGACCAAAGACGUGCUCGCAAAGACCCAUGCAUUAGGACUGUUGAAACCCAAGACAAGUCGCACCUCCUUGGUGGUAAAAUCUAAGGAGUCCAAGCCUGCGAAGGUGUUCGGAACCGGAUUUCCAAUCAGGAGUAGAUCCCCAUCUUCGGGCAAGACGAGCUUUGACGAAAAUCCUCGCAAGCAGGAAGAAGGGAUGGAACGCGUUGACGCAAAAGGACCUGGGUUUUCUCCACCGAACAAGGCCUUCCGACAAGCACGCAGAGAUGCACAGCGUGAUCGAGAACGCCAGCUUGCACAACGGGUUCAGCAGAGAUUGGGAGCAGAGACUGAUGGGCUCGAAGGAUCAGAUAGGCCAGUUGCUGAACAGAGAGGACAAAGUCGUGAUAGAGCCCCGCCAAAUAUUCGUACACGCCAGCGUUCCCCAUCUGCAUCGAGACCGGCGUCUCGCGCAUCCGGUGAUCGAUCAAGCUCGGAUACCUCGGCGGAUUCUAAAAGCCGGAAUGGUAGAUAUAGGGACGAUCUGGCCAAUGCUAUGGCAGAAGGGUCAUCCAAUUCCACCAUGACUGUAUAUGAAGAUGUGGUAGCAUCUCAAUCUGCCACUGUUUCAGAUGCUCGAUCCAGAAGCCGAAGCAAUAGCAGGUCAAACCCUAACGGUCAUUCUGAAUCACAGAUGUUGCAAUCAAAUCAGAUGGGCGCAGGAGUGGAUACUGGGAUUUCACCAAGACCUUCCCCCAUCACUCCAUUUUCUAACUAUUCCUCUUCACAACCCUCACCUGCGGGUUCGGGGACAAACAACCCAGUAGCUCAAGGAUCCCAGAGCCAACAACGCCUACCAACGACCCGUAAGAGAUCUGUUAAUAAGUCGGACAUCUCUGAACCAAAGUUCGUUUCAGCCACAUCAAGAAUGACUACCGUCAACCUUCCGUCAGGGGCGUCUCUUCAGAACGGCGUCGAGGCACCUCCAAUCCCACCUGUCAACCCCAGACGCAAGGUCCGUCCAAUGUUUGGAUUUGGGAAGAAGGAAGACCCCAACGAUUAUCCUCUCUCUUCUGCUACGCACUCUACCGAAGAAAUGAGUACCUUCUCAGAUGAUGGCGAACCAAGGCCCAGUGUACGCCAAAUGUUGAGAAAGGCCGCAAGCGAAGGCGGAAACCUUAAUGCCAGAGCGCGACAGGCCGCUCUUUCAACUCCAAGUCCGGCGAUGCCUGAGAUUGCUCCAAAUACAGGAGCCAGCCCUCCACACCACAUUGAGGGCGGCAUGUUUUAGCUUUUCCUGUUGAUUACAGUC